CGAAGCAUGGAACCAUCAGUUAGUCCGCUCUCAGCUUUCGUGCCUUGAACGUGGUUCUCCAGUGAAAUAGAAACACAUCACUUCACCAAUCUUUUUUUUUUGAUUAACUGUUUGAAAACGGUCUAAGUUUAUUUGGAAAUAUGGAGGUGGACAAAUGCGGUAAUGGAAAUACCGAGGUGGAUAAAUGUGGACCCGGUUAUGCGACUCCCAUGGAUGCUUUUCUCCACGGGGAAAGGGAAAAACUGCUUUACGUGAUUUGCGUUCAACCGAAUCCGGAAGGUCAUAAGUCCGAUAUCUUGUCCACCGUUGAUGUUGACCCAAAAUCAAAGACUUACCAACAGAUCGUGCACUUGUUGCCAACUGGUAAAAUCAACGAUGAGAUCCACCACUCCGGAUGGAACACCUGCUCCAGUUGCCAUGGUUGCAAAGGGCACGUUCGCGACAAGUUGAUCUUGCCAUGCUUGGGAUCCGACAGGAUUAUUGUCGUGGAAACAGGAAAGAAGCCGCGUUCUCCAAGCAUCCACAAGAUCAUCGACUCCAAUGAGAUGCACAAAUAUAACUGCGCGAGUCCGCACACGAGUCACUGCUUGGCGAGCGGUGACAUCAUGAUCAGCACUUUGGGAGAUACCGAAGGCAAUGGAAAGGGCGAUUUCAUGCUCUUCGACGGAAAAACGUUCAAGACGAAGGGAACUUGGACGAGAGGAGAUAAGUUGGCCAAAUUCGGUUACGAUUUCUGGUACCAACCCAAGUUCGACGUGAUGGUCGCCUCCGAAUGGGCAGCUCCGAAGAUCUUCAAGACCGGAUUCUUACCAUCUCACGUGACUGACCCCGAAGCUUAUGGAACUGCACUUAACUUUUAUUCUUGGACAAAGAGGAAGCUAAUUCAAACCAUCGAUCUUGGAAUGGAUGGAUGCGCUCCGCUGGAGGUCAGAUUCUUGCAUGAUCCGAACAUUUGCGAAGGAUACGUUGGAACCGCUGUUAACGCAAACGUCUACAGGUUCUACAAGAAAGCCGAUGGUACUUUCACAGCCGAUAAAGUCAUCGACGUUAAACAGUUGAAAGUUGAAGGAGGAGAUUGGCCCAUGGAAUACAUGCAAGGCUUCAUCAGUGAUAUACUCUUGUCAUUGGACGACAAGUACCUCUACUUGAACAAUUGGCUUCAAGGAGACAUCCGCCAAUACGACAUCACAGACCGCGCCAAUCCAAGAUUAACCGGUCAAGUCUAUCUGGGUGGUCUAUUGCUAUCCGAUUCCUCAAUCAAAGUGGUCGAUGACGACAGCUACGUGCCACAUGAUCCUGUCAUCAUCAAAGGAAAGCGUUUGCAUGGUGGACCGCAGAUGCUGCAGCUUUCCCUCAACGGAAAACGUCUGUACGUUAGCAACAGCUUGUAUUCCACUUGGGAUAAACAAUUUUACCCGGACGCCGUGCAAGCAGGAGGCUGGAUCGCAAAGAUCGACAUCGAUCACGAAAACGGAGGAAUGACGCUCGACAAGGAUUUCAUCGUGGACUUUGGAAACACCCCGCAUGGAUCAAUCCUUGCCCACGAAAUGAGAUACCCAGGAGGUGAUUGCACUUCUGACAUCUGGCUAGCCAAAUAAUCACAUCGUAUAGAAAAA